AUGGACGCCAAGAACUCUACUCACCACUCAACGGCGCCCUCCGAUCGCCAGCAGGUACUGCCGCUCCUAAACUCCACCCCGGUCUCGUCGGCGACCUGGGCGUCGUCUUCUAUACAGAAUUCAGAUCCUAGUCAUAGCUCGGCCCCAGCGUCGCCAGCAGUCCAUGACAAUUCUCAUGCGCUCGCCUUCGUUGAUGAAUCCAUUCGUCAGAACAUAACUCAUAGUUCCGAGCGCGAUAGUCAAGAUGUAGGCAGAAAUGCUGUAACGAAGGCGCGCAAACCGCGCAAGCCUAGUAAUGCGUCGGGUGGCCGGUCGACCCUGUUUUGGGUCCAUAGCGACCCCCAGUCGGCAGCCCAGGGAACGAGGGAUGAAACGCUCAAGCGCAUCCGUUCGCAUGUUAUGUCGGAGCAUAAUCGCAAGAAGAGACUGGAGAACACUAAACGGUACAAAAGCAAGACAUGGAAGCACCUUGCUUUCCAGCCGCCGGAAACCGCCGCUUCUAGUUCAUCGGCCUCUACUCCUUUAGCCUCUGCGCUGGGCGACUCUCAACAAGUGCCCCUCAAAGUAUCUCAGCCCGAGCAACAAGGAGGUAGUUUAGAAAACGCACUAGCCGGUGACACGCCAGGCUUUGUGGCAGCCUCGACAGAAAACUACCAUGACGUUGAUGCAUCUUCGCAUAGUCAGGCGCUUACCGUGAUCCAGAAUAAUUCGCCCGUGGCCUAUCUGGGUUCAGGAGGCAAUGAUCCUUUCAAUGUAUUCCAUACGCGGCUUACUGAUCUCCUGGGCACCCUGACCCAUAUUGCGUACCCGCUCCAACGCCGGUAUGGAGAGAAACUACAGGCACAUUGGACAGCACUGGUCCAUCGCGACCCUGCGUCACUCCACGCGUGCAUAUGUGUUGCUGCCUCCAAUACUGCCCUGACAAUCGGUGAAUUCCCGGUGAGGGAGGGUCAACGGCCCAGUUCCCUACUUCUCGACACCUUUCAUCACAGAGGUGAGACAAUCCGGCUGGUCAACGAGGGGCUAUCAGACCCUGUCAAAGCCUCGAGUGAUUCGUUGAUUGCCGCUGUUUCAACGCUGUUAACGAUUGAGAUUGCUUCUGGAAACCCCGAUUAUCUCAAGAUCCACCUGGCCGGAUUGAGGCAGAUGGUUGCCCUGCGAAAUAGCCUUGCAGACGUACCACCUGAUAUCCGGUUCCAGAUCUCUUGGACCGAUAUCCGGGUGGCUUGCAUGGCCUUCACAAAGCCAAUCUUCCCUUUCCUCCGUUAUGCUCGCCCUGCCCAUUUCACCAUUGCCCCUCCCAAUGAAGACCUUGUCAAGACUGCUUCUGCAUUGAAUUCACUAAUUGAGAUACCUAGCAUCUUCGGUGAUGGCAUGUCGAAGAUCAUCUACGACCUUUCUGAGCUUGUGUGGUACGCUGAAUGGGUGAAAAGCGGACAGAAUUACCAAGAAAUUGACGACGAGACCGAAGGAUACUUCAACACAGAGGUCAUAUAUGUCGAAUAUGCCCUUCAUAUGGAUCGGUAUCUCGAGACCGGCGAGCCUAAAGGGGACGCGAAUAUUGAAGGCUGCGUCCGGCUAGCAUGUCUUCUAUUCCACAAUGGUACGAUCUGGGAAUUCUACCCCCAGAUCGGCCCCGUGUUCCCCAAACCGGUCAGCGCUCUUCGUCUGGCGCUAGCUACCACGAUCCCAGCCGGAUUCUUCCAAAUGCUCCCGGAGGUGUUGAUCUGGGUGCUUUUCGUCGGGGCAUGGAGUUCGCAGCUAUUGCCUGAAAGAACAUUCUUCGUGACUGAGUUAGCGGCUGCAGUACGAAGACAAGGAAUCCAGUCGUGGCAGGAACUGCGAUCCCUGCUGCUAAACUUUUUCUACGUGGACCGCGUUCACCAAACUGUAUUGCGCGGAUUAUGGGAUGAAAUCCAGCUAAUACGUAUCCCGUGA